AUGGACCCGCUGGCCAACGAGAAGCCGGAGGAGCUGCGGCUCUUCUUCCAUCGUAACAAAACAGUGAUGUCCUGCAUGAAGAACCCGGGCACGUUCCUCAGCCAACUGCGGGACCACGACCUGAUCCCGAAGGACAGGUACAUGAAAGUGAGUUGCAUUAAGAAAAAAGAAAACAUGAGGACAGCCCUGUAUGACAUGCUGGACAGGGUGGAGCAAUCCCAGGACCUCCAUCUUUUCUGGAGAUGUGUUUUCGAAGACACCAUCCUGAAGGUUUACCCAACCCUGCGACGGCUGCGUAAAAGCCUCAUGGACGAUAUAAGGAAAAGGAAGAAGCACUCUGAAGUUAAGGAGAAAGAGAAGGAGCAGGUGAGCUCAGUGAAAAAGAAGAGGAAGCGGUCCAGGAGGAGCAUGUGCGAGGAUGAUGAUGAGGAGCAGCAGCCCGGUCCUUCCUCUCAGCCGACUCCACGUCGGAGGAAAAAGUCAGAGAAAGUCAAUUCUCAAAUGAAGAAAGGAAAGAAAAGGGACUAUCUGACUUUGCGUCUUCCUAAGAAUCAGUUUCCUGUGACCUGUGGAUCCAAGAAGGGGAUUCUGAGCAGGGAGGGCCUGGCAAAAGUGUCUGAGGAUGAUGAUGAUGAUGAUGAUGAUGAUGAUGAUGAUGAUGAUGAUGAUGAUGAUGUGGAAAACCAGGAGGACCGGGUUCCUUAUAGCAGCAACGAAGGUGCUACAGAUGAAGACGGAGCGACUGAGAACCAGACGGAGCCAGAAGUGGGCAAAGUCUUCAAAGUGACAUGUGAAGGUGAAGCUGGGACUCUACACCAAAAACGAUUUGCAUCAGGGACUCGUGGAAAGUGUAUCCGAACAGAGAGGAGCUGGUUAACUCCCAUAGAGUUUUUAAAGGAGGCAUUAAGUCAGAAGAGCUCCUGGAAGAAAGACAUCGUGUUUGAAGGAAAACCACUCUGUGCUCUCAUUGAGGCGGAGGUCUUGAAAAUCUGCUCCCCGCUGUGUGAGUGCAGUCUGUGCAAACCAAAUAAAACAGAUCUGGAGGACCAGAAAAACGACGAUGAGUGCUGUGUGUGUAAAAGAGAGCAAGACCUGGUGAUGUGUGAUUUUUGCCCGUGUUCCUUCCACCAGAAAUGUCACCUGCCACAUGUAGAUGACAACCUUUUGAGGGACGACAGGCCGUGGAAGUGUACGUUCUGUGUAACCACUGAGCUGCAGUACGGUGAUAAGCUGAAAAUGACAGCAGCCCUCACCCAACAGAUCUCAGGACACUUACUGAAAUGUCAGUACCUCGUACUGCGUCUGUUCAGUGCUGAUGACCAACAAACCUUUGCUUCAGUCCCACGCCUCUACUUGGAAGGUAACUCCACGCGUGUCCAGACUCCGAUGUGGCUGGAAAAAGUUACAGAGAAACUCCAGGGGAAAGAAUACGGAACAGUUGGAGAUUUUGUGUCUGACGUCAAACUCAUAUUCACCAACUGUGCCAUGUACAACCAGGCUAACCCUGAACUCCUCGCCCUGGGGGACAGACUGCAGCAGUUAUUUGACUCACAGUUCAAAGUCGUGUUUAACAUCAAUGAACAGAGCGGUGACUGAUGAGCAGGCAUACGUUUUCAAACUCGGUACUCAGUGGGAAAAAAGGCUUAAAAGUUAGAGAGAUGCAGUUUAGUUUGAUUUUGUGUCUUUUUUACGGUGUAAUUAAAAUAACUCAGGCGUCCAACUUUAUCCAACUUAACUGGAGAAAGCAUUUUGCAGUGUAGAUUUUUUGUUUUAUGAGUGUAAUUGAAAUUUCAGUAAACGCACUGUUCAGGUUAUAACACUACUUGUGAA